AUGUCUUCCGACGCAACGAGCAAUGAUACCAGCAAUAGCAGUCUUUGCCAAGAACGAGAAGCGUCCAGUUCCGCGACUGGUGUCGCAGAUUCUUCACCUCCCAGAAAAUUAAACAUUACUCCCUCUUUGAGUCAAAUCAGCCCAACACGAAACAGAUCUUCAUCGGAACAUACAACACAUGUAAAGUCAAGUGACGAUGCGACAAAUAACCUGAAGGAUCUCCAACGAUCUAGAAAAGGGGUAGCGAGUGACGGCGGCGACGUCGAUAAAAAUCCCUCCAACAAAGCUCCCAUUGCUCGAAGUUCUCAGUUGGAUGUUAUACAACAAAAUAACAACGAACUUCGCCAACGCGCCUUGGACACAUCAACAUCACUAGCUCACGUUAGUCUUCCUCUAGUACCAUUGACUGGAUACGACGAGAUGUUUGGAUAUCUGGGCUCAUUUAGCGAGGUAAACCCAUCAACAAUCCCAUAUUACUCGACUUGCUUAGCUGCAUCACGGCCCCUGAGCCACCCAACAACAGGUUUUUGCCCCAGGGCAAGAUCUCACCCGCGAACUAGCCGUUCUGAAUGCGUUUACAGUAAAGCAUCCAGCUGUUGGUCAAGUGGCCUUGCCAUGCCGUCCUUACCAGCGGUAAAUGCUUACAAGCGCAAGUCGUUGCCUGAAGGACUUCAGCAAAAAAGGGAAACCCAACACCAGCACAUAUCGAGCCCAGCUCCAAUAUUUGACGUGUCACUUCCUGGAACUUCCCUAAAUGAAAUGACAGAUUCAGGCGAUCUAUCAUUCACUAAAGUAUUGAGAAGGUUUCGUGAGUUCGAACCCCUCAUUGAGGAAUGGGCCAGACAAUAUCCCUCCAAACGCACAAACAUCGGUGACCCACCUCACAGGAGUCAGCACAACAUAGCCCACAAUGCCGUCAACAGAACCCAUAUUGGCCUUGAAUCUGGUGAUGUCUUUCCUGGGCGUGUCUCUGGGAUAGCUUAUGAUACUAUCAACCUCCACUACCUUCCCUGGGGAUCUUCUGGUAGGAACCUAGCAGGAAGCGCAUCAUCAUCAUCUGAUAAGCAGAGGCACCAAAGUUCAAAUCAUACCCUUAUUGACGGGAAAGCAUGUCUCACUUCCUGGCCGCCUCACAGGCAACCUCACGCUCCUCUCUGUGGUUCUCAUUUCGAAAUGCGAGAAACAACCGCGACGCGCAUAUCUGCAGCUACCACGAGUAACAACAUGAGCUCAAGAGCGCCGCAAUCCAGUGCCAUCCACCGCACCGCUGAAUUAUCAUCGUCGCUGCCUGCUCUAGCCACUCCAGUUGGCAAUCGGCUCUCAAGUCCUCAGCGACUGAGCAACGUCCCUCGUGCCCCUGAGGCGACAGCGUCAAGUCACGUUACAUUUCUUCGACGUAAGAGAGGAUUAGGAUCAUCCUCGUUGGCCACCACUCCUCCCAUCGAGGAUGUUGAAUCGCUUCGAGCUUCAGCUAUGCGAAGUGACAAUGGCAGUUCAAGGCUACAGCAGAGCACAAUCAACCGCACCACUGAGGUGACCACAUCACGUCCCUCCCUAUCAGCUAGAGAUGGUAAUGAAACAUCAAGAGCCCAGCAGCCAAAUCUUCCCCGCGCUUUCCUAGGAGGAGGGGGUCCGGAGUUCGAUGAGUUUGCUAUCUUUUCACUGCUGGUGGACCACUUGCAAAGACAUCCUGGAAUGGGACCAUAA